GUUACACUACUGGAUGUACGUAAACUACCUACUGUACAUAACAGCUUAGGAACGAGGUGAAAAUGGAUGGCAACAAAUCUAAACAAACUUUAUUCAUUGUCAAUUUGUUGUUUUCUACUGAAAAUCUUUGCUUCUUGCUGAAGUGACUUGCCAAUCAUUAAAUGGCAAAGUGAGGACAAGGCAAACAAAUGCUGAUUGGGGCGUGGCAAGUGGAAAUGGCUAGGCAAUGUUACUACUGUCAUGUUUUGAGCUUACCUGGUAGUGGUAUAGAUGACUUGUCAGUCUUGUGUUUUGGCCAUUAAGCCUUAGGCUGGUUCAGUUAUCUCACAUAACAAGUUGACUUGCAUAAUAGGACGAAUUUCCAAGAUGCUGAAAAGGGAACCAGUUCAGAAUCCGCUCUUCACUGAGCUCUUCAAUGCCGUCCAAGCGGGUAAUUGUAAAAAAGUCCGCUACAUGAUAAAGACAAAAAAGGACAGGAUCAAUAUCAAUGCCAAGGAUCAGAAUGACCCUUACAAACGUACGGCCCUUCUUUAUGCAGCUGAGGAUAAUAAUCAUGAGAUGUGCUGCAUUCUUCUCCGGGCAAAACCAAAUGUACCUGACGUCAAUGCAGAAGACGAGUCUGGAAAUCGACCAAUCAUAUGGGCAGCCAAACACAAGAGUGCAGAGUUGGCUGAAGUGUUGCUGGAAUCUGGCAAGUGUGAUGUGAACUACCUUGACAGAAACUCAGGAUGCACACCCUUGUAUACUGCUAUCAUGAGCAACCAUGCUCCUCUCUGCAGAGUCUUGGUUCACGCAGGGGCUGAUGUUAAUCUCCGACAACUAGGAGUCGUCGACCCUGUCGGAGAAACACCACUGAUCAAAGCGAUCCAGCUCAACAACAUUGAAAUCUGCGACAUGCUGAUGAACUCAUUAUGUAACAUCAAAGCUCAGACAAACGAUGGACUCACUGCCCUACACUAUGCUGUCGCUUACCGUCGAUAUGACAUCGUGGAGCUUCUAUUAGAGUCGAAGAUUACCAUGUAUGCUAAGUCACAUCAUGGUGUUACUGCCUUGUCUGUUGCAAUCGACCAUCACUUGCCCCUCAUGGUGAAAAUCCUCAUCGAGUUCGGUUACAAAAUAAGUCGGAGAUACGCAUGGGGCGAGACUCCUUUAGACCAAGCCAUUAAUCUCCAUAGCGAGGAAUGUGCAAUGACGCUAGUCCACUGGGGAUGUCCGAUCGUACAAAAGGCAAAAAACAAACCUUCCUAUUUCUAUAGCGCAGCAAAUGAAGGAAUGUUGAACCUUGUUCGUCUCCUGAUCUCAAUGAAUCCAUUAUUUCUCAACGAGGAAUGGGUACAAAAACAAAACAUUAUGUUGGCACUUUACAAGAAGCCGUCAUUUUGUCAAUGGUUGGACGAAACACGGCGACAGCCUCGUCGGUUAGGCGACUGGUGUCGGGCGAGAAUCUGGAAAUAUCUCGGUAAAAAUGGACCAUACAAAGUCAAGCAACUCUCUCUGCCUGCAAAAAUCAUUGAUUUCCUUAGUUUUAGUGAGUAUUUCCAUGACAGAAUGUAUGACAAGAAGACUUUAGAUAUUGCGGAGUGUCCAUUUGAUUGCCCGGUGACCUGCCUCAGGAAACAGUGUCCUCCCAUUGAUAUACUGCCAUCGGAUGAUACAGAAUGAGAACAAACAUGAUACAUGAAUAGUGUACGUUUUCAGGACAAUCUCUCUAAUAUUAGACACCCUCUCAAUUUGAGACCAUGAUCUUGGACCCAAGUUCAUAAUUUCUAUGCAAUUCAACUUCUAUAAUCAGGCCACCUCAAGGACACCAUUCGUCGGAUCUAAAGGUGUCAUCAAUAGAGAGGUUCCUCUGUAGAUGAUUGUGUUGGAAUGAGUAGGCCUUUUUCUAACCAGCUGGCAGAGUCAAAAUAAAUGUGACAUCAACAUUUUUUUUGACAUUUAGAAAAAUUCGUUAGAAAAAAUUAUUUUGGGGUUAAACUUUUUUUCUUCAUAAAAAAACUUAGCCUGGUACCACUGGCCACCGUCAGACGACGCUGUAUUGACGGGACGGACGGAGUGGCGCUCGUUGUUGAACGGAAAAAAUGUUGAACGAAAAAAAUGUUGCCAA